CGGUCUCCUUUUAGCUUCUCCGUCGGACUAAAGCGAACAGACACAGCCCACGACAGUGUGGUUUACGAGGACGCCUAGAUGAAAUGAAUACGCCGGAGUACUUGAACUAUGCUUGGCAGGGGUCCAUAGCGGUCACGAAUUAUGUCCUGUGUGCCACACUGGGCAUUAUGCGCUCGACGAAAUGAAUGCUUCCAUGUGCCAAUGCUUUCACCGCCCACGUGGCAAUGGCCAUCGUAGCCUGUGGCUCGAAUACCUUGUGCGUGGCGUUGUCAGAACUUUGCUCAAAUUGGGUUGGUAAUCACCCAAAGGUUGCAAUGGAAGUAUGUUAUGGAGUUGAAUUCAUAUCAGGCAAGAAGUUCAACAUCCAUUACAAAGCUAAAUUAAUACUUGGGAGACGGCGUUGCCCAAGUCCAAUUCCUGCCACGGCUAGGCCUGGUAGGGUGACGCUUGUCGUGCCUUUCGGCGAAAUGAAGGCACAAGGACCACGAGUUAUGAGAGUCGAAUCAUCUGAGGAAUUUCUUUUGUUAAUAAUAUUAGAUACUUGUUCAAAAUUAGAAGUUCCCAAGUGGGGCCUGAUCAAGAAGGAUCCGUAUAGAACACCCUUUUGAUAAAUUUGCGGCUGCUUGGUGUCCCAGCUGAAUGGAUCACUCCGCCACGUUCCUGGCCAGAAGUAGAUAUUCCCUAGGCCGUGAUUAUAGGAAAAUGCGCCCAAAAUGAAACUCCUGGUGGCCUACAGAUACCAAGUAG